UCCUGUACAAUUUUCCCAUUAAAUCUCUGUGGGAGGGGCCGAGAGUCUAUGUCCAGGUGCCGCAUCGUUUCUUGUCUCAAGACAUUCUUUGUUUUCGUUUUGGCAGACCAGCAACAUCACAGAAACAUCAACAUGAGAUCAGCAUCUGUCCUGUGUCCACUUUUGGCCCUGUGCCUUUGUGUGACGGUCAGUGGAAUGAGACUUCAAUCAAGAUUGACACCCCGCGUCAUCGGAGGGACAGAGGUCGUCGACAGGUGCAAGUCGCCCUACAACGCCAUGGUGGCGCUGCAGUUUACCUCCCCCACCGGCCCCGUCACCUUCUGCUCGGCCGUCAUGCUGACUGACACCAUCUUGGUGACCUCGGCUUACUGCGUCUACCAGUUCCUGGCUCUCAAGGAUAUCCCCAUCAAGGCCAUCGUCGGGGAGAGGGACAUGUUCAUGACCGACAGGGACGAGCAGGUCAUUGACAUAGACAGUGUCAAGGUCCACAGGAUGUACAACGACAGCACUUUGGAUAACAACGUUGGUCUGGUGCGCCUGGUUACCCCUGCACGGUUGAGUGACUGUGUGCAGCCAGCCGUUAAGAUGGAGGCUGACCCUGCUGCCUGCAAUGACGUGGAUAAGACAUGUGUGAUGGUUGGUUGGGGACCUUAUGCAGAAAACAGCAAGCCAACAAACUCCAGGCUUCCCCGCUACGCCAACAUCACCGUGCUUGGGAAUUUCCUCACCAACAUGCUCUCAUAUCAACUAUUGCGGCGUGGUCCCCCCACGGGGACCCUGCUGGCGGAGCCGUCAAACCCAAACACCAAAGCUUGUUUCUUUGACUGGGGCGGACUCGUCAGCUGUCAAAGAAACGGAAAAUCUGUCCUUCGCGGAGUAAUCGGUGAACACAACUGCAACACGGAAGUAGGCCAAACCCCGCCCAUCCUGGUAUCGGAUAUACCGACGUAUCAGCCGUGGAUCGAUUCCUGCAUCAGUAGCUGGAACAGCUGUCUGACACUUUAAGUCACGUGGGAACGAACUAAAUGUUUGUGUCACAUUUUUAAGUUUACUGUUUUGGUUUUGUAUUUUUUUAUAUAAUAAAAGCAUGAGGUUUAUUAUUAUUUUUUUUGUUUGGCUAAUUUAAUUCAAUUAUAUUUUUAAUAAAACAAAAGUUGGCAUACUAGAAAGUU